AUGGACGCCUUCUUUGAUGGACUGUCAAAUGCGUUUUCUUCACAGCGCUUGUACUACACAAAAGCUGACGAGGGUGAUGAAAAUCUACGGGAAUUUUUAUCUCGAGUGGAAUAUGACCCAACGACGCAAGCUCUCGUAUCAACUAACCUUCUGAGGCCUAAAGGGAAAGCAGAUAUCGAGGAUACUAUGAAGGGUUUGAGCGGUUCACUUCUAGGGGUUUCAAUAUGUCUGAAAUCCGAAGAGAAAGCGAAGCAGAUUGACAAUCAAACAAAACAAACACAAUCACCAGACGGAAAGACUACUCGACCAACUAUCAUAGGCUUUGUUGUGCUAGGAUGGGGAGGUAUUCCUGCGAGCCAGGUCGUCAACAGGAGGGCCAGCAUAGGGAUAAGUCUCAGCUCCGAGUAUCAUGGCAAGGGUUAUGGGCGGGAAGCUUUCAACUGGAUGCUUGACUGGGCGUUCCGUUAUGCCGGGCUUCACACGGUCUUUCUGAACGUGUUCCCAUACAAUGAAAAGGCAGUUCGCUUAUACAAGAGCCUCGGGUUCGUACAAGAAGGCCAUCUGCGAGAGACUAAGUACUUCAACCGCAAGUGGCAUGAUGAGCUAUUAUUCGCCAUUACAGAAGAUGAAUGGGAGAAGAUCAGAGGAUAG